CGCUGGCUGAAGCGCCUCCAAGCGGCCCACAAGCCGAAACCUAGAAAAGAGAGAAGAAAAAAGAAGCCGAGCAUUGGUCAGUGCAUAGUUGCAUGUGUUGCCGCGUACGAAUUGCUUGUUACGGGUAUUGAAAGGUUCAAUUGAAGUUAUUAGACUUCAGUAAACCAUACAGAUCUUCCCACUUCAACUUCAUUUUCUAGUGAAAACUAUUCUUCAAUUAAAAUCAGCAUGGUCAUGGAAGCCGUUCCGAGCCCACAAUGUGUGGGAAGGGAGUUUGUACGUCAGUACUACACCCUUCUCAAUAAAGCUCCUCUGCAUUUGCACAGGUUUUACAAUCAUGAUUCGUCAUUUGUUCAUGGAGGACUCAAGGAACGUUUGCCAGAAGAAGUCCAUGGUCAACAGCAAAUCCAUCAGAAGAUCAUGGAGCUAGACUUCCAUGACUGCAAAGCAAAGAUCUUGUUGGUUGACUCUCAUCGCACUCUAGAAAAUGGAGUUGUUGUCCAGGUAUCUGGUGAGCUGUCCAACAACGGUCAACCAAUGCGCAGGUUUGUUCAGACUUUCGUGUUAGCCCCGCAAUCAGCUAAAAAGUACUACGUUCGCAACGACAUCUUUCGCUAUCAGGACGAUGCUUUCUUUGACGAUGAGGAUGGCGUCGAAGACCGUCCAGUUGAGAACGAAAAUGAAGUGCAACAACCGCGUCCCGCUCCCGUUGAAGUUAAUCAUGCUCCGGUGGCCCCCGCUGUCAUUCCUCAACCAACGGUCCAACAAACUGAGUUGACUGCCGGACAUGCAAUUGGAAUGAACGGAACUGAUCAACACGUCGAAGAAGAAAUUCGUCAGAGGACUACUCCUUCGGUCACCACAUAUACGGCUCCACCUGUUCAACAACCAGAACCCGUACAACAAGUCUCUCGCCCACCGAAAGUUGUUACACCUCCAACUGCAGUAGCAGCACCACCACCACCACCUGAGAAGUUCGAAGCUGCUCCCGAACCGGUUCGAGAACCUGAGCCACCCUCUGUUCCAGAGCCAGCACCUGCACCUGCUAAACGUGCACCUGAGACAGUGGCGGCUUCUAAUCCAUCGGCUCCCUCAGAACCGAAGACCUUUGCAAACUUGUUCAAGAACCCCGGCGCUUACAAUGGCACAACUACUGGUCUCCCCUCAACCGUACCUCCAUUUGGUUCGGUGAAGAGCACUACUACAACUAGCUCUACCUCUACUGCUGCUGCUGCUGCUACUGCUGCUACUGCUCCUGUUACUCAGACCAACAAUGAAUCUACCUCGGCUACUACAAACGUCAAUGGUAACGAUAGUUUCCCUGCUGCUGGACAAACACAGCCGCAACGAAAUAACUAUCAACGCUCUGCACGUCCUCCAGCGAUGGGAAAUGGUCGCACCGUAUCGGGUCCAGGAUCUUACAACAACAGAGAUCGAGAUCAAGACCGAGGCGAAAAAGGUGAACGGUGGUCCGAUAACCGUGCCCCAUCUCGGGACUCGACUGAAGAGAUCGGAGAAUGGAAACAACCCAAUGGAGACGGCUACCAACGCGAAAAGGACCGUGAAUUCCGUCGAUAUGAUGACAAUCUUCAAGUGUUCGUUGGGAACAUUCCUCACGUAACAACUGAAGAAGCUCUCAAGGAAUUGUUUGAGCGUUUCGGUCCCGUUCUUGAUGUUAGGAUCCACGGCAAGAAUGGUGUCCGAGCCGCUGGUGGAAGAGCUCCACUCUACGCUUUUGUUGUUUUUGAAUCGCCAAAGGCUGCAGAAGCUGCGCUUGCAGACAAGCCCAUGCUGAAUGGAGAUCACCGACUGAAUGUUGAGCCGAAGCGUCGCAACGGCCCAUCCAACUCAUCAGGUCCUCGCGACGGUCAGCGUGGCGGUUCGAUGAAUCGCGGAGGUGGCAUGGGAGGUCCUGGUAGGGGAGGGCGUCCCAUGGGUUCUAUGGGAAUGGGCAUGAACAGCGGCCCACCACGCGAGGGAGGCAAUAGUGGAGGUGGUGGAGGACGUGGAAUGGGAAGCGGAGGUGGACGUGGUGGAUACAUGCCUCGUCGUCAAUAAAGAAGGAAGGCCGUGUUUUCUUGCAAACCUUUUAAUUUUCAAACUUACUUUCUUUGUCCUCAUGUAGGACUCUCUCUCCACUACGUUUAAUUUAACCUACCAGUUUAUUAUUAUUUUUUUUUUGCGUUUUCUGAUACACCAAACCCGUACCAAUCGUACUAAAAUCUUGGUUUGUCUCGUUCGUUCGCUCGCUCUGACCCACUGUCUCAUCCUACUAACUUGAUUGGACUUUCAGUCGCAAUGUACAUAUUCGCAUGGGUGUGUCAUUCUUUUUUUAAAAAAACUAUCAGUAGCACAAUGUUUUUGUCACUUCCGUAAGAAAAGAAAAACCUUAAAAAAAAAAGAUCAGACCAUGGGUGACUUCGAUGGUGUUGGGUAUCAGACGAGAAGCGAAGAAAAUCUUUUUUUUGUUGUGGAGGGGAAAGAAGAAUGCAUUAUCACCUCUUUGGUCAGCAGGCUAAGAACUAUCAACAUAAAAUAAGUAAACAUUAACAACGUGGUGGCUAUAAACGUGAUUCCAGCUUCGGUGAUGGGCAACCUUUGUGUCGACAUCCUCGGUUACUCCUUUUCAUAUCGAUUUAAAAAGGAAACCAUUCGUCCCCGGGUUCUAGUCGCAGCACUCGUGUUUGGAUUUUCAUUUGGAAUCGUUCAAAAUUCAACCACCUCCUUCAUAUUUCUUCACUGACGUACAUUGCUGGGUCACCAUUUUCAUGUUUGCUAUCACCCCAUUCUUUCCUUUUGUUGCAUUUUUUUUUCUUUUUUUUAUCAUUUGAUUUGUUCCCUCAAUCCACCAUUACUUUUCAAAUUUCUGUAAACGUUCUUACUUGCUGCAACGUAGAUUCGGGAGAUUCAUCAACUUGGACAUGUAACGUGUUAUGUUAACAAUCAACAUGCACACAACGGGAAGAAACAGCAAAACACACCAUAUGAAUUUUGUCCCCCAAAAACUUUUCUCGACCCUUACAGUUACCAAUUAAAAAAAAAUGUCCGGAAAAAAAGUUUUGGUAGUGAUAAAGUGUACUUGUGCCUGUUUUUGCUUUACGUUUCUUGGUAAACCUAAUUUCUCCAUUGCGAUUUUACUUACACUCCUACUCUUCAGCUAUUUCUGAGCAUGAGUAUCGGCUUUUCUGUUGUGCAAACAGAAGGGAAAGAUAAUCAUGUCGAUAUUGGGAAAAGUGGAUCAAUUUUUUCCUCUGUAUUCUCCAAAAGUGUAUUCUCAUUGUGGUAAAAAUAUCCUCAUUUAAACUCCUCGUCCGUCAACCUCUUGAUUCAAUAAACAAGCCAGGCCUUUUCAAAAGCCUGAAAAGUCUUAA